GCCUUUUGGUGGCAGUAGGAGGAAUGUAACUAGAUAGAGUAAUAGCAACGUUUCUAAAACUGCCCCUCCUUCUUAAAGUCUUAUGCUUUCUCCCUCACACUAGCAAACAUGGACAAGAAAACUAAACCUAGACGGAAUUCAGAGAAACGGAGAGAAAAGUCCCGUGAUGCAGCUCGACAACGGCGUAACCAGGAGACCCACAUAUUUACAGAGCUUGCCGACACACUUCCUUUGGCCAAAGGGAAGACACGUCAGCUGGACAAGGCGUCCAUCAUGAGGCUGACGCUGUGCUUAAUGAAACAACAUGAAAUACGACUGAGCGUGAAAGACACACGGCAGACUGUCUUUGACCAAACAGAGAGCUUCAACGCCAAUAACAACGGAAGCCACGUGAAUAGUAUCACCGAUGAUGACCAGAGUGAUGCAGAUGCCAACAGCAACACUCAGUCAUUUUCACCAAAGAACAACACAAGAACAGCUGAAGACAAUAAUCAGCCGACCAUAACGGGAAACCAUAGUCCGAGUAGAGAGUGCAGCAGCCUGGACGAGGCUGUUGUAGCGCAGCUGUAUGCGAAGGCUCUGGAUGGAUUUGUCAUUAUUCUGUCACGUGAUGGUGAAAUUGUUGAUGUGUCCGAGCACGUUGGCAAAUACUUAGGUAUCCAGCAGAUUGACCUUCUUGGACAAAAUAUCUACGAGUACAUUCACCCAUGUGACCACGAACAGCUACGAAGUGAGCUGGGUCCAUCCCGGGCCCAUCGUACGGCUGGAGUUGACACUUUGCCUUCUCCGCGACAAGUGUUCUCACUUCGUGUGAAGUCUACAUUGACAGCAAAAGGGCGCAACAUCAACCUGAAGUCUGCAUCGUAUAAGGUCAUCAAGUUCAGUGGUCAACUCUUGUGCCCUACUGGAGAUAUCAACUUCUUCCAAUCCUCAUCAGCUACAUCUCCUGCAUCAUCCUCCUCCUCUACGUCAUCAUCCACUGCGUGUUUACCAUAUUCAUCCUCUUCACCUUUAGACAAAGCUUCUCUCCAGAAGAAACUAGCAAAGCACGUUGCAGCCAGCACUGAUGCUGACAAUGAUAGUGAUGGUGAGGAUGGUGAUGACGAUGAUGAUGAUGAUGUUGUUGUCAUCGAGAAGAAGGAAUUUAAGUCUGAAGCAAAUGAUGACGAUGAGUACAGCAGGCAGGAGAUAAAGACAGAGAAACAGAUUGGUGAGGAAGGUGGUGACAGCAGAGGAGGAAGAGGAAGUUGCGAUCAGGGUCCCCUUCACCCUGGACAUCAUCCAAACAAACACAGCCCCCCCCAGCACUGUCUUCAGUCUGAGCACCUUCACCACACUUCAUCUUCAUUACAUCAACAGUCAUCGUCGUUAGCAACAUCACCUAUAACAAUAAAAGAAGAAACAGAAAAUGGAAGCUUUACGUGUGAAGCUCAGGUUGUAGGCAACAGUCUUUCUCGUCUCCUUAAGCUUCCACUUCAUCAACAUCCUCCAACUGAUGAUGAUGAUGAUGAUGAUGAUAGUAAUAAGAUGGCUGACCAUGUGGAUGACAAGGGUGGUGAGACUGGAAGUCAUCAGAAAGGAGAAGGCCACCAUCAUGUGGGUCGUUUCCGUGACAACCUGAAGCAGAAACAGGAUAAUGAUGACGAGGCUAAAUCAGGUGAUUCCAGUGAUGCCACUGCUGAUCAAGAACAUAAGGACAGCAAAUGUGAUGACACUGCUAAAAUGUUGUCACCCUGUGCCACUCCUGCAAACCGUAGCAGGCACGUCAGUGGCAACAGCUCUGACAGCAGCAGUGCCGAGACCGGAAACGCAAGAACAGGUACUGCUUACUUUGUGGCUUUCGGUGAGCCGAUUCCUCAUCCUUCUAACAUUGAGAUACCACUUGGUUCCCAGACUUUCCUCAGCCAACACAGCAUGGAUAUGAGGUUCACUAUAUGGGAUGAAAAAAUCAAAGAAUUGGUCGGCUAUUCUUCUGAAGACAUCAUUGGACAUUCCAUAUAUGAGUAUUAUCAUGGAUUGGAUGCUGAGACGGUCGGCCAAGCGUUUAAGGAGCUAAUGACAAAAGGACAGAUCACCACGGGGCAAUACAGAUUUCUGGCCAAGCAAGGUGGCCAUGUCUGGCUGACCACUCAAGCAACUGUCAUUUAUGACAACCGCACACAGAAACCACUCUAUGUUGUCUGCGUUCACAGUGUACUUAGUGAGAUUGAAAACCAGCACGAGAUCCUUUCCAUGGUACAACAGCCAUUAUCUUCUCAAUCCCAGCCACAAACCCCAUCAGCAAAACAGUCUUUCCAUCCACAAAUAGAAGAUCUCGUCCACACAAACAACAGCAAUACCAAACACACAAAUGACCACAGUGUCACAUCAUCAUCAUCAUCAUCAUCAUCAACUUCUACUUCUGCAACAAGGAAAAUAUCCAUGGACCGUACUCAGUCGUACUCUCUACUUGUUGCUCCAAAGGUUGCAACUUCUGAAGCUGAAAGCCAAUUGUUGGUGAAGUGUAAGAAAGAAAAUGUGGUGAACCUCAGUAGUGGUGGUCAUCUUCUUGGCAACAAUAACAAUGACGAUACCAAGAGGAGCAAGGAUGGUAGACCCUUGUUAACCUACAAAAUAUCUAAGUUUACCCCUCCACUUUCAUCAACCUCCUCCUCGUUGUCUUCUCACAAGUUUGUCCUCUCCAAGCUUGGUGACCUGGUGAGUCAGCGUGAAGCAGGUCCCAAGUCAUGUGACAGCAGGUUUUAUAGCCAGAAGGAUAGACACAGCAUUGGACCUGGUUUUGGUGGCAACAAAGAAGAGGGAGAGCAACAAGGGGAGCAAAGAAGCCUAAAAAAGUUCAAGAGAAAGGCAACAAACAAUGAAGAGGAGAGAGUGAACCACAACAACAACAAUAUGGAGAGCAAUGAAUACAGAAGUGAGAAGCCAUUGGUGAAGGAAGAGAAUAGCAUCGUAGAUGUUGUAAGCUGUAAAGAUGGUGCUAUGUCUGAAGACUACAAAGAAGAAGACAGCAGCAAGUUGAAGUGGAGGAAAAGGCAUCCAGGCAGUGUUGUGGUGAAUGCCUUUGACACUGGCAUUGGAGCAAAAAUGGACGUUGAUGAGGAUGAUUGCUUUAUUGAUGAUAGUGAAGUGAAAGAGACAGGUGAAACAGAAAUGGACCUGAACCAGAGAAUGGCGAAGGGCAAUGACGUUGUGAUGACAGAGGUCAUUAUGGCUAACGAUUUUGAUACUGGAACAAAUUACACCACUAUAGAAGUUUCAGAAAAUGGAGGUAGAAGAGUUCCUGUGAAGAUGGUUGAUGGCAGAGUAGAAGACAAAGAAAUGGAUUUUAGGAAGAAAAAGAAUGAAGAUGAGGACAAUACAAUUGAAAUGAAGAUGGAUGAUAGAGAUAACAGGUUUGACAUUGGCAUUAGAGAUUAUAGAAAUGAGGCAAAUGGCAACUAUGAAGAAGACAGUGAAAUGGCGAUAUUGGAAAUCUCAGCAUCCAAGCAAAAGGCAGAGUCUAAUAGACAGAGAAAAAUGAAGAAAAAGAUGAAAGAUGAUCUGAACGACAAUGAUCCAACAAGGAUGUCACCACCCUUACCAGCAAUCUCCAAGAAGAAAAAGAGAACGACAACAAAGACAAUUGAGUUUAUGAAAGAGAUGAAGAUAGCAUCUCAAGAGAGCAGCGUGUUUAGCCCUCAUUCUCUUGGCUAUUCACUAGCGUCUCCUGACUUCACUGCUGCCCCACCUGCUCUUAUUUGCGAUGAUGAUGGUAAUGUUUGUGAUGCUGUUGUUGUGGCAUCAACUGAGGAGUCGCAGCAUCGUUCUCCGCAAUCGAGUGGUAUUGCUAGCAGUGACAACAGAGGACUCGAUAACCUCGGCCAGACCUGCCAGCCAUGGCAGAGCCACCAAAACCACUCCAGCAGCCACAGUCCUGGUCCGCUGCUAAACACUGAGAAGAUCUUUGCGCCCCGGACAAAGGACAUGGAUGAAAACCUCUACAUCAACAAAAAUAGCACAAACAUAGCAACAAUACCAACAUCGUUCCUCAGUGAAGCCAACAACAAAAAUAACAACAGUAACAACACAACUUCUUCUCAUGAUCCUGCAGUCACAGGUUCUAAUGGCAAUGCGGGAUCCAGUACCACCGGCGUUACCAAUAUGUUGAUUGAUGACUUGGUUUCUCCAACAACAACGCUGCUCCUUGAUGAGCAAGGUGACAGUUCAUCGACAACUGACUGUAUGAAUGCAUUUGAUGAUUUGACAUUUCGGGCACCAAGCGCAGGUGAUGUGUGUAUAGAUCUGUCAGUACCUUCCAGUUUUGAAACAGCUUUCAAAGUUCCAACACUUGAUGCUGAUGACGCAUAUAUGAAUGAAGUCAGUAUGACAGAGAUCUGUGAUAACAAACCACGGUGUUUACCGGUUCCAGAUUUGUCUCCUCAGUUACAAGAUUUCAGCAUAGAAGAGCCGGAAUACGACAUUCUGCAGGCCACCCUGUCCUCACCAAAUGAAGGCAGUUUGUUGCUGAGCCCAGACAUCGGAGACAUGCUGUAUUCUAAAGACAUCUUGAGUCUUGCAAACAAAACAGAAGCCAGUCUAGACAAAGGACUCAUGCAAACACCUCCUUUCCACAACAGCCCAUCACUACAAAAAUCCCCAUCACCAGUGAUGUUAGUUAACAAUAGCUGUAACCGUAACAACAGCCCUGGCCUUAGUCUGAGCCCUAAUCCAGAAUCUAACUUCAACAUAUUUGCAUCGAACAAAGGUCCUGUGAUAACUUCGAUGCAGCAGGCACCAAUACCAUCUAAUCCUAACCCUAAUGGUCACCUCCAAGGAGGUGGAGAAAGGUUCUUGAGCAAGGUGGUCUUCAAUAGGAGUUCACCAGAACCAUCCUUACAGCAACAAGUGCAGCCGAGGACAAUGAAGUCUAAUAUGAACUACCCUAACCCCACUCAAAAAGCAGAGGAACUUCAGCAAAUGUUUGCCCUCAACAAGGAAGGGUCAAUAACAGAACAUCCUAUAGCAUCAAAUUUGUCACCACCACCCAACCCUAAAUUGCCACCAGAAAAAUUACAGAAAUACCUUUUUGCUUUUGAGAGGAGCCCAGGGAUUUCAAUGUCAGAAAAAGAAAUUUCACAAUUACUAGUGACCGCAAGUCCCCAAGGGCUGAUACCGAUUCCUAAUCCAGACACAGGCCCUAAUCAAACUCUUAUGCACAUUGGCAAGGAGUUACCAAUCCAAUCGGUCGCUACAAAACUUAAAGGUCCAACCCCAGGGAAAGUCCGCAGACUCGAGUCGAUGAUCAUGCCAGAAGACUCCCAAUUUCAAGGAAGAGAAGGAGGAGGUGGAAGUGGUGAUGGUGGUGGCAGUGGUACGGUCCAGCAAGGAUUUCAAUGGAAUACGGCACAGGCACGACAACUGAUCAGUGAAUAUGGAUCUGGCAACAACAACAAGGACAGUGUUUUGCGGAACCUUCUGGUCAGUGGAGAAGACCGUAACAAUGGUUACUUUGUCAACCAACAUAUGGGAUCGCCUUAUCUCAUGACACAAACUCCACCAGAAUCACUUCCCAAAUUGGACAACUCAUUUAUACCAGCGUUCACAGGCAGAAGACAAACCACCCAGAACCCAAUCAGUGUCAACACAGCCAUCACAGCAGCAGCAGCAAAUCCCAUUGGUAACCAGCACAACGAUGGCAACAACAAUGGUUCUUCCAUGUCAACCAAUUCUGUCAAACCUACGACCAAUCAACCUGAAGAGCAGAAUUGGGCAUGGUGGUGGGCUCUCAAAACAACAGUUACGUCCCCGACAUUAACUAGUCCCAGUUCUGUCAUCACCACCAGUUCCUGCAACAGCAGCCAGAACAUCAGGGUUUCAAAUUCUAUGAAUGGCACCACAACCAAUAUUACUUCCCCCUUGGUACUAGGGAGUCCGAAUCCACCCUACGAUAAGCGAGCUCUGUUUGGUGAGGACCUUGUUGGAGUUGGUCAGCUGGAUCAGAGAGAACUGAAUGCUGCCACCAGAGUUUCAAACCCAGUUAAGAGCACUAUUAUCCCCACGGUCAGGAAGGGCUGCCUCUUGCCUAAUUCUCUACAAUCAGACUCCCCCAAUGACAUCCAAGCCCUGUAUGGUGAGAGGCUUCCCCAAGCAAAAGGGAACCCCACCUUUGAUGUAUCUCAUUCUGUUGAGAAUCCCAUAAGGGUCACAGGCACAAUUGCAAACAACGCUGCCACCAGUAGUAGUAGUAAUAGUAGCAGUAGUAGUAGUACUCGUCGUAUGUCAUCAUUUCUCUUUGAUGACUGCCGAGCACUGUUUGGUGUGGAUCACCUCCCUGGAGGGCAAAACGAUCAGGCAUUGUCAAACACGAUGACCAAGGGUUCACAUUCAGCUGAGGACACAAUCAUGACUGGCCUUUCUAAUGCUAAGUCAUCAAGUUCAUCCUAUGAUAUCCGAACACUGUUCGGGGUUGAUCUCAUUCCUGCUGGACAGCUGAAUAGGGUUUCAAAUUCACGUGAAGGCACACCACCGUCAUCAACCACCACCACUACUACUACUACUAACACUACUACUACUCCUAAUGACAGUAGUGAGGAGGAUAAUGUUUGGCAACUUGUUGCUAGAAGGACGUUCUCCAUCAAUAGCAGUGCCACUAACUCCCCUCGUGAUGCAGAAACAGACGACCACUUUGAGUAUAAUGAUGAUGAUGAUCAUCUUCUGGUUUCCAAUGGCGAUAAACUAUCCCUGCUAAGGAAUGGCAGCAACAGCAUGGCCACUGAAUCUCUUUCUGAAGCUGAGCAGUCACCACUAGAUAUGACUGGUAUCCAGAACAAAAAUAAUAAUCGUAACAGUGGCAUUCAAGCUCCAAACACUCUCAACAACAGUAUGAAAUACAACAGAGUCCAAAUUCCUAAACACCAGAAUUUAAUGAGGCCAUAUACAUUCACUACAGAUUUGGCUGCAGCCUCCAAGUGGCUGCCACGUCUCACACAAACUGACUGUGAGGUGAAUGCUCCAGUUUGGUCGGGCGAUCGUCUGCUUAAUGGCACAGAGUUGUUGAGGGCUUUGGAUAUGGAAAAUAUCUUUUGAUAUUUACUUAUACUCAUGUAGUGUAAAUUUAGAGACUUUUAUAUAACCUGUGUAUAUAUAUACAUAUGUGUGUAUACAUAUAUAUAUAUAUAUAUAUAUAUAUAUAUAUAUAUAUAUAUAUAUAUAUAUGUAUGUAUGUAUGUAUGAAUAUAUAUAUAUGAAUACAUAUAUUUAUACACUUACAGAGACAAUCAACUGAAUAUAUAAAAACACAUGCAUACACACACGUUUUAAGUGCAAAUUUAAUGUGGCAUAUACAUAUGAGCAUGCACACACACAUACAAAUUUGUGUGUGUGUGUGUGUGAGAGUUUGUAUAUGCAUUGAUAGUACCUUGUAUAUUACUCAGCUUAAAUACACUCCCACCUCCACAUUACACACACACAUACACACAUAAAAAUAUAUAUUCAUAUAUAUAUAUAUAAUACAAUAUAUUACAAAUAUACCCAUAUAUCUAUUUUCUUUAUUUUAUAAAGACAUAUGUCUACUUACUUAAUCUGUCUGUCUGUCUGUCUGUCUAUUUAUCUUAUCUUUCUUCCUAUCUACCAAUCUAUACAUACACACACACACACACACACACACACACUCUCUCUCUCUCUCUCUCUCCCCCCACACACACACAGAGUCUUACAUAUAUAAAUACUAUAUAUAGUAUAUAAAUAUAUAUAUAUAUGUACAUGUGUCCAUGCAUAAUUGUGAGUGUGUGUGUAUGUGUAUAUUCAGAUAUAUAAGCAUGGUUGUGUGGUUAAGAAAUUCACUCAACAGCCACAUUGUUCCUGGUUCAAUCCCACUAUGGACUCAGGUGGACCAAUGCCAUGUGAGUGAAUUUGUUGAUUUGUUGGGUAAAAACUAUGCCAAAGCAUGUAUGUACAUAUAUGUGUGUGUGUGUGGAUUCUUUGUUCCCUUCUUAACUGGAUGCAAAACUGUGUGUAUAAACAUUGCAGUGCUUGAAGCAAAGCUCCAACUUAUUUACAAAGCUUAAAGUUGAGCCUAAGUUUUCUUUUGUUUUUUGUUCUAUCUCAUUGCUACAUGUGAGGCCAUGCUAGAGCACCACUUCCAGUGCUGACUAUUCUCUUUCAUUCUUAUCAUUGCUAAUGUCUGUUGAGUUUCUGUUAUAAUCCUUCAGGCCUGGUUCAUUUGUUGUUUUUCUCUCACAUAUUGGUAAGAAAGUGCUUCGUAGUAGCCCUUAAUUGCUCCCCCUCUCCCUCAGGGGCAACUUAUGUUAUGCUUUUAAGUCCUCUCUUGUUUUCACUGGUGGCUGUGGUGGUGGAACUACCACAUAAUAAUAAUAAUAACUGUUGGCCCUUGAAUGCCAAACUGUGGUAAAGGAUUCCUCAUGUCCUCAAAACUGCUCUUCCCUUUACUUUAGGUUGUUCUUUCCUGUUUGCUAGAAUUUCAGAAUUUCAAACAAGAACCUCCAGAUCUUUCCAUUUAUACGUAUACAUGUACAUGUGUAUAUAUAUACACACACACACACACACACAUAUGAAUAUGUUAUUGAAGCACCGUUUUACAGGUAGAUGACCUUCCUAUUAGUAACCUUUACCCAUUUUUCAGAUAAGGGAUGUCUCAUUCCAUACAUCAAAAGCAUUUACAAUAUGUAUAUACACAUAGAUUGGAUAGGAUUACCUAUGUUCAGUCCCUCUGCAGGAUGAAGGUCCCUCUGUAUGUUUCUUUCCACCCAACCAUGGUCCCAUGUGGAGGCUGUGAAUUUGAGCUUCAGUUCAUCCUACUCAUUUGAGGAGCCACCUCUGCCACACCGGCUCAACUUGGCUUGGCAGACAGAUGCAGUUUUUUUUCUUCUUUUUUUAUUUGUAAUACUCACACACAGGAGUAGGAGAGAGAGAGAGAGAGAGAGAGAGAGAGCAACGUUGUAAAUGGUAGUUUUGCCAACUAAAGACAAUUUCUGGUGGGUUAAACAUUGCUGUUUGUUUUCUGAAAAUGCCAUCUACGGAGGACUCCAAAACUUAGUGGGCAUGUUUAGAUAAAGGGGUCAUAGCAAGAUAAAGGUUAGGCCACCAGGAUUCAGUAGGAUGGAUGAGUUGAGAUUAAUUACAUUUAUGAUCAGGAUAAAGUUUCUUUUUGCUGGUGGCCAGAGUGCUGACUCUAGUGGACACUCUAAAACUUCUUGGCAUUAAAGGGUCUCGUGCAGACAUGUAGGUCAUGUUGGAGAGCUUGUGUCUAUGUUUUGCAUUUGUUUUAAUGUUCAGCAUCACUUUGGUGUUAUCUGAUGAGAAAUUCUAAAGGGUCCAAGGACGGUGCCUUGUUUUAUACUCCACUUAUCACUACAGACCUUUGGGAUAAACUACUCUUCGCUGGCGUCAUUUGACUUCAGUCUUUAAACCCUUCAGCAUUUAGAUUCCUUUGUCAAAUGUAAUCCUUGUUUAUUCACAUUUAAAAAAAAUUAAUCAUAGAUUAUCUUGUGGCUUUGAGAUUUCAAUGAUGUGGCUGUAUAUUUUGAGAACGACAUUGUAGGGUAGAUGUGAGAGUCCAGAUCUGGCCAGCUUGAACAUAGAACAGAAAGAAUUUUUGGGCCAGAUAUGUCUGGUUUAAAUGCAAAAGAAAAAAAAUCAAACAGCCAAGUGCGAGAUCUACUUCCUUUUUAAAUACGUGUGUGUGUGUGCCCUUGCCUUGACAUUGUGGGAGGGUUGCAAAGGGACUAUGUUGUUUGUUUAUAGUCUUCUGUGGAAAAUAUGUCUGGCCAUGGGAAAUAUUACUUUGCUUGGAAACAAGUGAGGGUUUGAGAUUGGUGACAAGGGACAGUCCUCAUUAAAUGAUGAGGGUAAACACACACACACACACACACUAUAUAUAUAUAUAUAUAUAUGGUGUAAGCAACAAAAUAAAACCAAUUAUAGCAGCGACUCCAUCUAAGAAUAUCUGAAGAAGGAAUUGUAUUCCGAAAUAUCAUUGGACUAUGGAUAACUAAAUUACAACAGGUAUAUAGUCCAUGUUUUUGUAUUAUAGUGCAUUGUUGUACCAUUCAAAAGUUUUUAUUCUUUAAAAGCUGUGUAUUUUUGUCUCCCGUGUUUUCCAACAAAGUGUGUGUACACUUUGUACAAAUGUUCGUCUGUGACCUUUCGCAUAAGUUGAGGGAGCAGAAAGACAAGCUGCCAGUAUUGCAUGUGAUGUGCAUCUUCACAGCUGAUUGGUCUGUUGCCUUAAAUACAUACAGACUUUAUGUCUGUCUGUCUAUUUAUCUCUCUAUCUACAUACAUGCACACGCACACACACACACACACACACACACAGGUCUUUUGUGAUUUGUAUGGUUUCGUUUCGGACAAAUUACCUCUUGCUCACAUGUAUUACACACACGUAUGUAUAUUGUAGAUUACUUAUGUAAAAAAAUAUAUUAAAUAUAUUUUUAUAUACUUUAUAUAUUUUCCUUUUAGAUUAUGUUUAUGUGUAUGUGUAGGGGUAUAUAUAUAUUGGAAAUUGGAUACGUAAAUAUAUAUUUUAUAUAAAGUCUAAUUCUCUUUCAGAUUUUAUAUAUAUAUAUGUAUACACACAUAAUCCUUGCUAGCAUAGAAAAACAUCUAUAUAACAGUCGAGAAUAUUUGUGAAUAAUAUUUAAUGUCUUGAAUCUAUACAUACAUACAUAUAUAUAUAUAUAUAUAUAUAUAUAAUACAUAAAGCUAUAUAAAUAUUUUAUAUAUAUUUCAACAAAAAUUAUCUGUGCACAUACAGACGAUAUAAGCCAAAUAGAUGUAAUUGUCACUCUCACUGCUUUAUAAGUGUUACAAAUAUAUGUGUGUGUGUGUGUGUAUAGAUAUUUAUGUAUAGACAUAUAUGCAUAUGUAAAUGUUAUGCAUGUGCACAUACAUUCAUGCAUACAACCUAUAUUGAUAUGAUAGAUAUAUAUAUAUAUAUAUACACAUAUCCAUGCUGUACAUGGAUGAUGUUAGGGAGGGCAUCCUGCUGUAGAAACCAGCAAAUGAAGACACAGGAGCUUGAUGCAAUCCUUGGACACAUUGGAUCAUGUCAAACCAUCCAUCCCAUGGAUGUUAAAUGAUGAUUAUGUGUGUGUGUGCAGACAACCUUUUAGGUUUUUUUUUGUUUUUUAAUCAUGUGGGUUAUGGCACAUGACUGUGAAGAUGGUCUACCAGCACUUCUAUGGAUUCCCUACAUGUGAAGGUACACAGGAGAUGUAGCAAGGGCAGUGGAGGUGCACAUUUGACAGUCGCCUAUGGUGUUGUGUCCACUUUUGCGUCUAUGGAGUGUUGUCUGUCUUCAGACAUGAAUUCACUUUCCCACACACACACACACACACACACACACACACACACACACAUCUUCGUACACAUAUAUUCUAUUAAGCUAGAAACAUCACAAACCUUUACAUGCAUAUACUCACAUAUGCACACAUAAUGUAUAUAUAUAUAUAUAGAAUAUCUUUGAGAAAUAUCUAUACACAUGCAUAUUUACAUAGCAAUAUCUAUAUGACUAUAUACAUAUUAUUAUUGUCAUUAUUACAUUAUUAUUGUUAUUAUUAUUAUUAUUAUUAUUAUUAUUAUUAUUUGUGCAGAGGCAGUACUGUAGUCAGUGAAAGUUGUCUGAGGUGUGUUUUUUUCCUAGAUGAAGACUAAUAUAUAUAUAUAUAUAUAUAUAUAUAUAUAUAUGUAUGUAUGUAUAUAUAUAUAUAUAUAUGUAUAUAUAUAUAUGCAUAUCUUAUAUAGACAUAUAUAUGUAAUUACUGUUAUGAAUUUACAAAUUAUAUUUAUCAAGUAUCAAAAAUAAAAUUAUCUCUUUUAAAAAA